UGUACAGCAGCAGCACUCAGGCAGGCGGCUUCAGCACCUCGGACAGCAGCCGCGGCUCGGGCAUAUACCGGCGCGUUACACUGGGGCGAUUACCGCUAUCUGAGACUGGAUGGGGGCCCAUGGGGCGGGCUCGGGUGUGCUGCUCAUCGUACUCCUCCCAUAUCGCAUGCAUCUCCUCCUGCCCCGCUGGGGGUCUCCCCGGUAGCUGGUGCCCCACACUCCCGGCACACCAGCAGCGACACAAGCUCUAGGAGGACGGUCUCUCACCCUCCGGUAGAGGUGUAACCAGACUCGGGUGUGGCCCCGGAAGUCGGCUCCUCCCAACAUGGCCGCGGAGUCAGACGGUACCCGGGUGGCUCCCCGGUCCCCCCGGUACUCCCUCCGGGACGGCAUCUGGGUGGUGAUGGCGCUUCUGGUGUUCUUCUCGGACGGGGCGUCGGACCUGUGGCUGGCGGUGGAUUACCUGCAGCAGCACCGGCUGCGAUGCUUUUGGCCCACCGUCCUGCUGGUGCUGCUGCCCUCCCUGCUCACCCAGAGCCUGAGCUUCAGCUGGGUGGUCACUGACCGGGGCUCCUCGCCGGCCACCACCCGCACCUCCUGCCGCCUGUGCGCCUGGAUCAUGCAGGGCUCCGUGCACCUGCUGCAGCUGGGACAGGUGUGGAGGUACCUGCGAGCCCUUUAUCUUGGCCUACAGAGCCGCUGGCAUACUGAGCAGCAGAGCCGCCAUUUCUACUGGCGCAUGAUGUUUGAAAGUGCAGAUAUCAGCAUGUUGCGUCUGCUGGAGACUUUUCUGAAGAGCGCACCACAGCUAGUGCUGCAACUCUGCAUCAUGGUACAGCAAGGCCACGUGGAACCUUUGCAAGGUCUAUCUGCCACUGCAUCUCUCCUGUCCCUUGCCUGGAUGAUUGCUUCUUACCAGAAGGUCCUGAGGGAUUCCCGUGAUGAUAAGAUGCCUAUGUCUUACAAGGGAGCGGUGGUGCAGAUCCUAUGGCAUCUCUUUACCAUUGCCGCCCGAGCUCUGGCUUUCUCCCUCUUUGCCUCUGUCUUCCACCUUUACUUUGGAAUUUUUAUUGUCACUCACUGGUGUCUCAUGACAUUCUGGAUCAUUCAAGGGGAGACAGACUUCUGCAUGUCCCGCUGGGAGGAGAUCCUAUAUAACAUGGUACUGGGUAUCAUCUACAUUUUCUGCUGGUUUAAUGUACGUGAGGGCCGGACCCGCUGUAGAAUGACCACAUAUUACAUCAUUGUUCUGGCUGAGAAUGCCGUACUCACUGCUUUGUGGUAUUAUUAUCGUCCUGAAUCGGAACUUGGUGACUUCUAUGCUCUUCUUAUUGUUUGUUUAGUCAUCUGUAGCUUUGCACUUGGUGUCUUCUUCAUGCUUAUUUACUACAGUCUCCUGCAUCCCAAUGGCCCAAUGUUUGGAUCUUCAAGCAGCAGCUGUGUAUUUACGGAAGGUCCUGACACUUCCAGGGCCCCUGAAGCAGAAGCCACAGAGAGCCUUCCCCGUACUCUGCCACGGACUACAGAACAAGAAAGGGACUUUGUACCAGGAGACAGGGACAGCUGUGCUCCAGUCUUUCAAGUGCGUUCUAGUGUUCCCCCAACCCCUGUGACACGUCUACUUCGUGCGCAGGGACCUGUGAUUCGCAUAGAUCUUCCACGCAAGAAAUAUCCUGCCUGGGAUGCUCAUUUCAUUGACCGUCGCUUGCGGAAGACUAUUUUGGCCCUGGAAUAUUCCUCCCCAGCCACACCCCGUGUCCAGUACCGCACUAUAGGGACCUCCCAGGAACUUACCGAGUAUGAAACCACUGUGUGACCACUUCUCAAGAAAUAGGGUGCAGGAGAGACUGAGGAAUUAUACUGCAAAGCCUAGAUGGAUGGCUCUGCAAAAGUCUAGAGUGACAAGGAUAGAAGAAACACUGGAAUGGGAGAGAGGCAGGAUAGAUGGCCUGUUGGGGAGAUCAUUGAGAACCAUGAUAGUUCUUUAAAAUUAUGGGCUCUAUCAGACAGAUAAUGUGACAAGAUAAUAUUAAGAGACGUAAAUUGAAGACAGACACUUUGGUAUGUGUGUGUUUUAACAGGAGAGACUCUUCAGAGCAGACAUAGGCAGCCUAUGGAUCUCCAGCUGUUGUGGCUGUGCCAGAACUUGUCAUUCAUAAAAGACGGAUAGGUAUGGGCUAACUGGCAGGGCAUUCCAGGAUAAUUGGUUCAACAGAUGAAAAACCACAGGAUACCUAAUCUGCUCUACAGUGGAGUGAGUGGCAGGAACCUGUAGAGGGCAGAAGCGAAUGUGAAGCUAUACAGGGAAGUAGCCUUUCUGUGGUAAUGGGUGAUCAUGGCAGAAGAAAUGGGUAUAGGAGACUGGACCUGGAAGAAUGGUGGCCUCAUAAGUUGGAGGAGACGCUUAAUAAGGUUUAGUGACAGCGAAUUGACCUCAGUCCCAGAACAGGGAGAUAACCCUGUCUGGAUGUGAUUGGUGCUACUCACAGAAUAGGUGUGUGUUCUUGUAGAGAAGGUAACAUAUCUUCUGUGUGCACAUAAUUGUCCUCAGUGUCCAUAGUGGUGAAUGUGUGUAUGGGUGUAUUCAUAUGGUCAAAGCUAGAGCCUAGAAACACAAGUAACUGUUUAUUACUAUUGAGUGUCUGUAGGCACCACACCACUCACAUAUUGCCAGAAAACCUGAUUGUAUAUUGAAUAUUGUGAGCAGUGCUUCCAAUUUAUUGGGAAUUAGGGGGUGCUUAUUUAUUUGGAUCGGUUUGGUAUGGCAAAUAACAAAUUUCUGAAGUCACAUUUCCAGCAAAGCAGCCACGUUGUGUUCAGUGCGCCACCAAGGCAAAAAGACACUGGCCGUACCAUAUCAAAUAGCACAUGAGCUACCACCUAACAUACCCAUGUCCUACAGCUUAUUUAGCUUACAUAUCCCUUUCCGCUACUGGAUGGAUAUGGAAAGUGUGUAGUAUUAUAGUAUAGCUUGGCAGAACAUCACACAGAAGCAUAUGGUAGUGCAGAGUAUUCCUCUACUAGAACACACCUCAAUCAGAGCAUCACUGUCACUUUAGUAGUCCAGGAUGUACCGUUCUUUUUGUAAAGGCCUUUUUUAUUUGUUUAUUUAAGGAGCUCCCAGAUACAAUUAAAGGAAAAUCAAACACAGUGAGCAACACUAUUUUUCAUAGAUAGAAUGAGUACAACUAGAAACACGGUACGGAAAUCAAAAAAGGAAUAGCACAUAGGUAAAGGGGAUGGGCGAAGGAAUACGGAUACAGGGGUAGCAGGACUACAGAGAAAGGAAAGGUACUAAGAAGAAGAAUUAACGGCGGACAGAAAACACCAAAAAGAAAAGAGAUGUCAUACAUAGUAGAGAAAAGGAAGGAAGACAGGUGAAGAUAGGGAUUGUAAAGGCCUUUUUCAUACAGGAGCAGAGAACUUGUAAGUUAAACCUCUACCUUUACUUUAUAAUAUCACAUAGCCAUUUCAUAGCUGUUGUGGGAACAUUAUGCAACAGGAGGGCUGACUUCGCUUAGGCAACCUGCUGCAUUUCAGCUGUUUGCUAGUCACAAUGUGAACUGGCUGACAGGACAAACUGGGAUUUGUAGUUUCUGUGUCUGAAACAUGCAGGAAUACAAGGGUUUCAUGUCUGGGGUGGAUACGAUAGCAGUCGGUUUCAUCACCAUGAUAAAAUGUUUUGCUUUCUUGUGAAGUCUAAAGGUAUGACUGGCGUAGGUGGAAUAACAAGUUUUCACACUGCCAUAUUAUUGGAUUGCAGAAGCCUUUUAAGGUGAUGUGGACAAUACCUCUCUGAGUGCAGCAGCACUGCAUAUACAUGUAUAACAGCAUUCACAGAGCUUGGUGAUCACAUAUAAACAUAUGAAAUAUUAUACUACCACGGCCGCUUUGGAACAUGCUUCAUCCGGGGGGAAAAAAUAGGGAAAGUACAUUAUAAAAAAAUGUAAAAUACAGUAAAAUAUUCUUUAAAAACAUGGUUUAUAAAGUACUAUUUUGUUUUAGUGUCUUUGACAUAAACUAUUACUCAUAAUGCAUGCAUUGUAAGAAUAAUGCAACCUAUAAUGUAAAGAGUAAGGAUAAUAAGCCAUGUCUGAGCUCUGUCCUCUAUAUAAAAAUACGUGACUUCUAAUAUCCUUCUAUUUCACAGUAUUGGGUGCAUUAUUCCAUAUACAGGUACACCACCGAUUAUCUGGCACCUGAUGGUCCAGCACCGCUUUUAAACCGGACACAUCAGGUGCCUGGGGAAGUUAGGCUCCGGGUGGGAGUUAGGAUGUGGGAGUGUCUAGAUAGGCUGCGGGAGGCACUUAGGCUGUGGGAGGCACUUAGAUAGACAGCAGGAGGCUUGGGCUGUGGGUGGGGGAGUCUGGCUGCGUGCGGGUAGUCAGGCUAUGGAGGGGAGUUGCACUGUGGGCAGGGAGUCGGGCUGCUUGGCUGGAGUUAGGCUGUGGGAGACACGCUGGAUAGAAUUAGGCUGCAUGGGGGCAAGUCAGGAUGCCGCCGACACCAUCAUCGAUACCACCGAUAAUCCGACAAAACCGAUAAUUCGACACAGUGCUGGAACCGAGGGUGCCAGAUUAUUGGGGGUGUAGUACACAUCGGGAUGUUCCUAUGUGUUUAUGUUGGCAAGUGGGUACAGAAAUGGAAUGCUCUUGGGUACAUGUUAAAGAGCGGGUGGUGUUACCAGAAAUGAGUAAUUCCCAUUUUCAUGCAUCCCACUAGUGUCUCAAACACAUGUAGAAUGCACAAAAGAGUAAAGACAUGAAUGAACGAAUGCUGUUGCAUUUGGUAUAAAUGUGAACUCUCCCGGAUUAUGCAACACUUUGCCAUCGGUAUACCCUCAGCUGUGCUGGGAAAUGGCUGUACCUGAUACACAGUGUUUCUCACCCUCUACCCUCAGGUUUUCCAGCAGGUCAUAUUUGAGGGUUCUGUCUGUAGAAGGAGGUGGAAUAAUGACUGACCCCGGCAAAGUAGAUCUACUCACCUGUGCAUGAUUAGAGACAUCCACAAAACAUGGCCUGUACUUGAGGACUGAAGUUGAGAACCACUGCUGUAACAUUAUAAAUACUGUAUGUCGAUCUGUAAAAUUAAUUUAUUCUGACUUAUAGUGUACAUGGCCAAGAACAGCUUGUCAGCCGCAUGUUCCAUCAUUUGUGCAUGAGUAAUUGCUGUUUUCUCUAAGAGAAGACAGGCAGUUUUUUAUAAUGCUGAAACCAAAAUGUUCAGUGAUGGUGGGUGGAGGCUGCUAUAUACUUCCAGAUUAUGCUGUCAUUUAUAUGUAGAUCAGGAGGGCACAUGUAUUCAGCAUUGUCAGUACUGAUUUAGUGUACUGGUGAUCUGCUGAUAUUAGGUGGUGGCAUCUUCAGUCCUUCUGUAAUGUGCUUGUUGCACAGCUAAUAUUGGGUGGUGGCAUCUUCAGUCAUGACAUAAUAUGCUGUUGCACUGCUAAUAUUAGGCAUUGGCGUCUUCAGUCAUGACUUAAUAUGCUGUUGAUCUGCUAAUAUUAGGCAUUGGCAUCUUCAGUCAUGACAAUGUGCUGUUGAUCUGCUCAUAUUGGGCGGUGGCAUCUCUAGUCAUGCCAUAAUAUGCUGUUCAUCUGCUAAUAUUAGGCAUUGGCAUCUUCAGUCAUGCCAUGAUAUGCUGUUGAUCUACUAAUAUUAGGCAUUGGUAUCUUCAGUCAUGACAAUAUGCUGUUGAUUUGCUAAUAUUGGGGUGGUGGCAUACUUAGUCAUGACAUAAUAUGCUGUUGAUCUGCUAAUAUUGGGCGGUGGUAUCUUCAGUCAUGUCCAUGUGCUGUUGAUCUGCUAAUAUUGGGUGGAGGCAUCUUCAGUCAUGACAUAAUGUGGUAUUGAUCUGUGAAUAUUGGGUAGAGGCAUUUUCAGUCAUGACAUAAUGUGCUGUUGCUCUGUUUACAUUUGGAUCAAAUGUGAUUGUGAAAAAUUUACAGAUUAACCUUUUACGUAUGAAAUCUUUCUAUAAGCUAUAAGUAUGUAUUGAAAUGAGUGUGUACAUAGAGAAAGGUAGAGUGUUCAUUUAUAUAUAGGUAUAUGUAUAUUGAUUUGGUAUAUUUAUAGUAUACUACAGUGUAAUUUUAUACUGUACCGUUGGUCCACUAUGGUCACAGUCAGGGUGUCUUAAUUAUAGGAGUUGUGGGGCGCCAAAACAAAUGUGGGAAAUAAUAGUGGGAAUAUUUUAUCAGUUUAUUGGAAGUUUAUUUUUAAAUAUUUGUACUGUUUACAAGAGAAGUCUGGUAUGAUGCCUCGUCAAGAGCAAUGUUCUGCAGCACACAUUUUGGGCAGUGACCUUCUGAUUAAUCUUUUACUUUCGGAUGUUGACAGAACAGCAAUAAGGAGAAGCAAUAUCUGGUGGGUGUAACCUCAGGUGAGGUAGAACGUGUAAUCUUUAGGCCUUUUUGAGCUGCACUAAAUAUAGGUGUCAACAAGAAAACAAGCAAGCAAAUUAAUACCUUUAAAAAUUAUACUGUGAAUGAAAGGUACAAGUUAUUCUGGAACCUGCAGAGAGAAAGAGGUUGACAAAAUGGAAAGUUUACCAUCUAUUUAUCAGCCUCCAAUCCAACAUGACCCCUUCCAUCAGGUAUGGUGUGCUCUGCUGCUGGUCUUCCCCCUCAAUGUUUUAUUACAGGCCCCUGUGUUAAAAGAAUUAAUUGAUGAGAAAGAUGUUUCAACACAUGUGACAACGAUAAUAAAUUGAGAGGUCAGUCCAGGAGCAGAGCUUUUUGUACCUGAUGGAAGGGGUCAUAUUGGAGGGUCUGAUAGAAAUGCAGUUUACUUUUGAGACUGAUUUGGUGCCAUUUGCAGGGCUUUCAUUUUGAAACUAGAGUAAAGCUGGCACUAAACUCUAUCUACAGUGCUUCUGAAAUCUAGUCCUACUAACAGUGCAUGUCUCCAUGCUGGAGCACAGGUGUAUUUAUUACUCACUGACACAUUUGAAAAGAUCUACCAGUGGUUCUUAUUAUCUCACUUGUGAUUCUCUGAGGAGACCCAUAAAACAAAUACUGUUAAACCCCUUUCACACUGAGCCUCUGACCCGGGAUAUUGCUGGGGCAACCUGGGUCCGGGCUUGGUGUGAAAGGAUCAACCUGGUUUCUGUGUCUCAGGUCCCCGGACCGAUAUGGAUACAUUGCUAUCUGAAAGGUGCGACCUGGGAUAUUCUAUCAGUGUUAUGUUACCAAGCUGCUCAUUGGAGGAUCAGGAGUGUAGAGAGAUGACUUCAGCUUAUAUAACAUACACUUUUAGCGACUCAAGAGCAGACAUUGGUGCAUUGUGAAAGGAGAUGACCCAGGAAUAACCCAGGUAAACAUGCAGUUGAGAAAGGGGUUUAGCAGUUGUGACACGGCUUGAAACCAUGUUCCCUUUACCCGAAUCAGACCUGGGAUUUAGGUGUGAAAGGAGUAUUGGUGUGUCCUGAGGACUAUAUUUCAGAAGCACUGGUGUAUUAGUGGUUGGCCAAUUUGCACAAGAUCCUAUCAUUCAACACUUGAUCCGAGCAACCAGAUCACUUCCGCAAUCACUGGGGCUAGUUAGUAUUGUUAGAAGAUAUCCCAGCGCACAAAGUACAAUAGGGUUUAUCUUUCAGUUAUAUUUUAAGACAUCCACUUUAUAGCACAUGUUGUGACAUUGGGCUUACUAACAUUUAAUUAUAUACAACUUCAAUCAAUCUUGUAGAUUUUCGGAUUAAAUCAAUGACCUUUGGGUUAAAUGUGUUAUGAAUAAGACAGAUUUUAUUUUUAUCAAAUAUAAUAAUAGUUACAAAGAUAUUUUGUUUGACUAAGAAUAACACAGAUUACACACUCUUCUAGACCAUUAGAUAGAAAGCAAAUACUAUAAAAGAGUACUUAUGCUGUUUUAUGCUGUGUACAUACCUGUCCGUCUUGUACCUUGACCGAGCAGCCAAUUAUUAAAGCUAUAGACACUUACCUAUUUGUUUCACGCUAUGUCUGGCCAUCAUAACUGGGCGGCCAUUUAAAUUUGCCCAUCAAGUUGUGAUGCCUUUAUCGGCGGUUCUUGCGUCCACUUAACAACUCGGCAGUUCAGUCAUACACACAGCCAGAUGUACCUACAUAUCUACAUUGGCCGUGCUGCAGAUCUGAUGCGAUAUGUCUGUGAUCAACGUUUACAGACAUAUCCUCUGUACACAACAGACAGAUGCACUAUGCGAUAUAUUGUUCAUCUGCAUUAUUUGUUAAUGUUAUGUAAAAUCUCUGUUCUAGCUUGUCAAACUCUAAAAGAUAAGGUUAAGAUGACUUGCAUAAUAUAUAUAUAUAUAUAUAUAUAUAUAUAUUCACUCCUUUUUGGUCGGCACUACCAGUCGAGAAAAUAUUGCCCCGGUGCUCCCCCAGGCAAGCAAACCACAAA